CUGCACUAAAUUGCUGUAAGCUUCAUUCUCGUGUUAAUGCCCCUGUUUAAUGGGUUGAUAGAUGUCUGACGCAACAACCUAAUCCAGCGACAAACUUUCAAUACUGUAAGCUCCAACUAACUCCGUCAUCCAGUCUCCCUUUCAGGGCACCGAUGUUCAUGGUGCAGGGAGAAUAGACCUUCAACGGCACCGAUCGUGAUGUUUGAUCCAUCCUCAACCUGAGUGUGUCACGGAGACCUUGAAAAGAUGGUUUGGAAACUCUUGCAGCGCGUACGGGGAAAUGGUGUCAGCGCUUAAGGACGAUUGCCACCACGCCUUGCCUGUGCCGUCUGCAGCCAUCUCGUGCACUCUCCAGGUCAAGGGUACACCUCGGCACCCAUCUCGCAAUGUUGCCGGGCAUGCUCCCUUCACAAGCGGAGGACAACGACUGCUUGGAGUUUAUGAAAUAGCGUAGAAAAGUAUCGUAAAUGCAAUAUACUUUUUUAACUGUCUUCUUCCUCGUACUCAGGAGCUUAUCGGGGACAUACCGUGCUCUGGGACACAUCACCGCAAUGAAUUUCAAUCAUCGGAUGGUCAUGGAAUUGUAGGCAUGGAUUUUUCGCGCUAGAAGAGCUCGAUAUAGUUUAUGAGACCUCAAACUCAUUUGCCAAACUCGGGCAACUUAGGAUUUUGUCAAACCUCAUCGGAACACAGUGGAGUAAAUCCUUUUUUGCAUAUAUUGCUCCGGUUCACAUUAUUAACCCGACGCAGUAACUGUCAGCACAUUCACAGUUGUUGAGAGGUCUGUUUUUAUAGCCUCUCUAAUAUAUUUGCCUAGCCAAUGGAAGAGGUUGAAAAUUUCACUCACUAGCAUCCCGUCUUCAAAGGUGACGCGCGCUUGCACACCACAUAAGUAAAAUUUCUGUGGUAGUUUUAUUUAAUUUUAUUGGAGCUGUAACCUCAUGAAUAAUACUCGUAGUAAAUGACCAGCCUACGUCUUCGCAUGAGUCACUAGUGCAUGCGGCAGGAUGGCACACAGAAUUCAUCUCCAGGCAGUUGGCUGAAUCUUGAUUUGUUCAGCCCGUCAUCGAAGAGAGGAUCUCCCAAGAAUCAGAAUUAACCUGAUCUUUAGUGUUGCUUUUGAAGACAGUCGAAGGUGCGUUUCAUCAUCAGUUGCUCAUUGGACAUGCAUAUGGCCUCCCUUCUCAAACCUGUGUCCCAGUCCGAACCGUCAACCUGAGCCUCCGAAAAGCGCCAUGUACGAUGGAAGUACGUUGUGAAGAGAGGUAAAUCAUAUGACACUAGGGACACCCACCACUCAGGUGCAUCGAAUCCAUCCUGCAAGUGGGCAUUUCAUUCCAGGUUGUCGUCACAGGAGAACAUCAUCGAUUCUCUGUAAGCAUCAUUUCUUUGCACACCUGCUGCUUGAUGUGAUUGACAACUCUACAAAUAGUGUCAUCUCAAUCGAAGGUUCUCUGCAUCUCAAGCUUCUGCACAAGGUCAUUGAGGCCUAGUCUCCACGACCGGUUACACACAUUCGAAGUGUAUAGAAGGGUGCAACAGGAGUCUCCACCGGGUGCUUCCAGAUGAAAGGGAAUGAAGUUGCAGUGAUCAGCAUGAGUCCUUCGAAAAUGUGUAUCGAAGACAGUCGUGUUGAUUAUUACUCCAUGAUGGUCUUGUAGUGACCGUAAGCCGCCAUGACAUACCGACGGAGAGUUUUAUGUCUGUUGUAUGUUUUGGCGGUCGUCCCCAGCUGCGUCAGAGUGAGAUCAUGGCAAGAGACUGAAGAAAUCACAAUGUCGAGACUGGGCAAACGCUCAUCGGGGUUUGCUUUCACGUCCUCCGAAGCCCACAAAGCGCCCCACGCGAAGAAACCGCACGAAAAGAAAGUGCCGCAUCAUAAGAGAGAUGCAGGCUGGGUUGAGGGUGCUCCGGGACCCUCCAGUCAUGAAGGCAAGGCGUGCAUGGGCGAAGGAUGCACCUACGACGUGAUGGCUUUCAAUGCGGUUGGCGAUGGUAUAACGGAUGACACCAAGGCAUUUCAGGCGACAUGGAGGGCAGCUUGUCAGUCAGAAUCUUCUGUGAUGGUCGUGCCAGCAUACUACGUCUUCGUGGUUGGUCAGAUCACCUUCAAAGGGCCCUGCAAACACAACCUCACAUUCCAGAUUGAGGGUGUGAUUAUACCGCCCACCGAUCUUGCCGUCUGGAACAAGCUGUCAAACAAAGUGCAAUGGAUUGGGUUCUACAAGCAAGUUGGCAUGAUGCUCCGAGGCUCUGGAGCAAUAAAUGGACUGGGCGAAGUUUGGUGGAGUCAACCUUGCAAGGCUGCAGAUCACGGGAGACAACGCUGUGCGAGCCCAACGGCAUUGAAGUUCUAUGGAUGCAUUAAUGUAAGCGUGCGCGAUAUUACCAUCCAGGACAGCCCGCAAAUGCAUCUGAAAUUUGACAACUGCCAGCAAGUUGAGGUCUUCAACGUUUCCAUUCUGUCCCCAGGGUGGAGUCCUAACACAGACGGCAUUCAUCUGCAGAACACGGGGUAUGCUCUCCUUCAGAACCUCGUCAUCGCAGCAGGGGACGAUUGUAUAUCGCUGCAAACUGGAACAACAGAUGUGACGAUUCGUGACGUUGUUUGCGGCCCUGGCCAUGGAAUCAGCAUAGGAGGGCUUGGACAAGGUGGAAGCCAAGCAUGCGUCUCCAACAUCACUGUCCAGGACGUCCUUAUUAAAGACACGCAAAACGGCGUCCGAAUAAAAACUUGGCAGGGGGGCUCAGGCGUGGUCCAACACGUAACAUUCGACACGGUGACGGUCGUCAACGUACAAAACCCUAUUGUAAUCAACCAAUUCUACUGCGACGCCAAGGAGUGCCAAAACGAUACGGCAGCGGUGCUCAUCAGCGACAUAGCGUACAGUAACAUCCGGGGCACGUACGAUCAGGCUCGAUGCCACGCUCCAGUGUACUUCGCAUGCAGCGACACGGUUCCUUGCCGAAACAUCAAGGUCGACAACGUGGAGCUGCUGCCGGCGCAAGCGAAUUUCUUCACGUCGCGGCCUUUCUGUUGGAAUUCCUACGGCGCCUCGGAUCCAUUGUGCUACCCUCCCUUGUGCCUCAUUGACGACCCUUUCGUAGAGGAGUCUGAUGACUACUUCUGCUGAAACCCUGAAACCAUCGCCGCUGCAGCCUCGACAAAUCCCGUUCAAAUACUUGAACCAUCGAAAUUUGCCCUAAAAAUCGUUCAUCAUCCUCCGCCAGGACGAAUACGCACCCCCAUUCUAUAAAUACAUAAAUAAAUACAUAAAUAAAUGUACUUAUCUGAAUAUACUUAUUUGAAAAUGAGUAAAUGUUAUGUUAAUAUUUAUUAGUGUAUGAUAUGGAUAUUCAUGGUAAAACUAUCAUGUGAGUGUAUGUAGAUCUUAACUAUUACUAUGAUAUGGGUAUUCAUGGUGAUAGUAUUACCAUGAAAAUAUAUAUCUUGGUAAUAAUAUGAAUGUCCAUAUUGUUGUUUUAAAGUGUAAUUUAAUACGUAUU